AUGGCUUCUGGAGAUAAAGAUACCCGUGUUGCUCCUGGCGAGAUGACUAGCAAGGAUUACUAUUUUGAUUCCUAUGCUCAUUUCGGAAUCCACGAGGAAAUGCUCAAGGAUGAAGUUAGAACUAUCACCUACAGAAAUUCCAUCUACCACAACAAGCAUCUUUUCAAGGAUAAAGUUGUUAUGGAUGUUGGAUCUGGAACUGGUAUCCUCUCCAUGUUCGCUGCCAAAGCCGGAGCCAAGAAAGUUUUUGCUAUGGAAUUCUCCAACAUGGCUCUUCAAUCAAGACAAAUCAUCAAGGAUAAUAACCUCGAUGACAUCAUCACCGUCAUUCAAGCCAAAGUUGAAGACGUCAAGGAGCUUCCUGAUGGCAUUGAAAAGGUUGACAUCAUUAUUUCCGAGUGGAUGGGAUAUUGCCUUUUCUACGAGUCUAUGCUCAACACUGUAAUCUUCGCUAGGGAUAAGUGGUUGGCCCCUGAUGGACUUUUGUUCCCAGAUAAGGCUAAACUUUUCGUUUGUGCUAUCGAAGAUAGACAAUACAAAGAGGAAAAGAUCCACUGGUGGGAUAACGUUUAUGGAUUCAACAUGGCCGCCAUCCGUAAGGUUGCCGUCACCGAACCAUUAGUUGACUGUGUUGAUGCUGGCCAAGUUGUCACCAACAACUUCUGUAUCAAGGAAGUCGAUCUUUACACAUGUAAGAUUGAGGACCUUGCUUUCGAGUCUGAAUUCAAUGUCAGAUGUUUAAGAAGCGACUACGUUCAAGCUCUUGUUACUUUCUUCACUGUUGAGUUCUCCAAGUGCCAUAAGCGAGUUGGGUUCUCAACUGGUCCAGAUUCGACUUACACUCAUUGGAAGCAAACCGUCUUCUAUUUGAUGGAUGCUCUAACUGUAAAGAAGGGAGAAGAGAUCAAGGGUGUUUUCAAGGUUGCUCCAAAUAAGAGGAACGAGCGUGAUUUAGACUUCAAGAUUAAGAUUGACUUCCACGGAGAAGUUUGCGAUCUUGAGGAAGAAAAUACCUACACCAUGCAUUAA